UCAAGUUCUUUGUAUAAAGACAUCCAAUUUGUCGUUAGUUGGGUGCUAGAGGCAAAAAAUAUCACUAUGAAUUUUCUGUUUUUGUAACCAAAAGUAAGAGAAAAGGGAUUCCCAGUUGACACCAUUGCUCACUCAGCUCAGUGUUUGUGUGUGUGACUGAGAAGAGAAAGGAAAGAAGAAUCUUUUGGUGUCUGUCUCUCAUAUCUCAACUCACACCACCCCCUCUUGCUUCUUCUUUUCAAAGGCUGGGAUUUUCUUUCUUCCUGUUGUCAAAAGCUUCUCCCUUUCUCCCUUUUCUGUUCAUUCAUUCAUCUUUUGGCCUACUUUGGCCUCUUUUGAGCUUCUUCGUUUAUCAGAGGAAGAUGGGCUAAGCGUGCAUUUUUACACAUCUUGGUGUUUGGAUCGAUUUAAGUGUUCACGCAGCCAUCCUUUGCGUUGCUCCAUUUCCCAGUGUCACUCACGAUUUUUUUCUUUUUGGACUGUGAAGUGAACAAUUAAUACAAUACAAGUCUGCUUCUGCAUCUUCUACACCAAAGCUCGUCACUUGGCCAUCGUCAAAAUGGUUUCGAGGUCAUAUUCAAACUUGCUAGAUCUUACUUCCUGUGGCUCCCCAACUUUCGGUCGCGAGAAGAAAAGGCUGCCUCGAGUGGCGACUGUUGCCGGAGUACUGUCUGAACUAGAUGAUGAGUCCAGCACUAGUGUUGGCUCUGAUACUCCAUCCUCGGUCUCUCAAGAGAGGAUGAUAAUUGUAGGUAACCAGCUUCCUCUAAGGGCACGCAGAAAAGACAAUGGUACUUGGGAGUUCACAUGGGACGAGGAUUCACUUCUUUUGCAGCUGCAAGAUGGUCUUGGGGAUGAUGUGGAAACUAUCUAUAUCGGUUGUCUUAAAGAAGAGAUUGAGCCGAGUGAGCAAGAUGAUGUUGCCCAGUACUUGCUGGACACUUUCAAAUGCGUGCCCACUUUUCUCCCACCUGAGCUUUUCAGUAAAUUCUACCAUGGAUUCUGCAAACAACAUCUGUGGCCUUUGUUUCACUACAUGCUUCCGCUGUCGCCUGAUCUUGGUGGUAGAUUCGAUAGGUCCCUUUGGCAGGCUUAUGUUUCGGUGAACAAGAUAUUUGCGGAUAAAGUGAUGGAAGUCAUUAGCCCUGAUGACGACUUUGUGUGGGUUCAUGACUACCAUCUGAUGGUACUUCCAACAUUUUUGAGAAAGAGAUUUAACAGGGUGAGACUAGGAUUCUUCCUCCACAGUCCCUUUCCUUCCUCUGAGAUAUACCGAACCCUUCCUGUCAGGGACGAACUUCUUAGAGCUCUUCUGAAUUCUGACCUUAUUGGGUUUCAUACUUUUGAUUAUGCCAGGCAUUUCCUCUCCUGUUGCAGUAGAAUGCUUGGAAUUUCUUACCAAUCCAAGAGGGGCUACAUUGGUCUUGAGUACUAUGGAAGAACUGUAAGCAUUAAGAUUCUUCCUGUCGGUAUUCAUAUAGGUCAGCUCCAAUCAGUCAUGAGUCUUGCGGAGACAGAAAGCAAGGUUGCAGAGUUAAAAAGCCAGUUCAGAGAUCAAACUGUGCUGCUCGGGGUUGAUGACAUGGAUAUCUUCAAAGGAAUCAGCUUAAAACUUUUGGCCAUGGAACAAUUGCUAUUGCAACAUCCUGAUAAGAGGGGCAGAGUUGUGCUGGUCCAAAUUGCAAACCCUGCAAGAGGCCGCGGAAAGGAUGUGCAGGAGGUACAAAGUGAAACUUAUGCCACGGUGAAGAGGAUAAAUAAUACUUUUGGAAGGCCUGGAUACACACCUGUGGUGUUGAUUGAUAGACCACUUCAGAGUUACGAGCGAAUUGCUUAUUAUGUGAUUGCUGAAUGUUGCCUUGUUACAGCAGUGAGAGAUGGGAUGAACCUUAUACCCUAUGAAUACAUCAUUUGUAGACAAGGAAGUGAGAAGAUAGAUGAGAUCUUAGGGACAGACCCACUUGCUCAAAAGAGGAGUAUGCUGGUGGUGUCCGAGUUCAUUGGCUGCUCCCCUUCGUUGAGUGGGGCAAUUCGAGUGAAUCCGUGGAACAUUGAUGCUGUUGCUGAAGCUAUGGAUUCUGCACUGAUGGUUCCGGAGGCUGAAAAGCAGAUGCGGCAUGAGAAACAUUAUAGGUAUGUUAGUACACAUGAUGUUGCAUAUUGGGCGCGCAGCUUCUUACAGGAUCUGGAGAGGGCAUGUAGAGAUCAUCUAAGGAGGCGAUGCUGGGGAAUUGGUUUUGGUUUAGGCUUUCGAGUAAUUGCUUUGGAUCCAAACUUUAGAAAACUAUCCGUGGAACAUAUUGUUUCAGCUUACAAGAGGACCAAGCACCGAGCAAUUCUUUUGGAUUAUGAUGGUACUAUGGUGCAGCCUGGAUCGAUGAGUACAACACCUAAUGCCGAAGCCGUUGGCAUCUUGAACAUCUUGUGCAGGGACACCAAGAAUUGUGUUUUCAUUGUAAGUGGAAGGGAGAGAAGCACUCUUACUGAAUGGUUUUCAUCUUGUGAAAGGAUGGGAAUUGCUGCAGAGCAUGGUUAUUUUGUGAGGACAAAUCAAAAUUCAGAAUGGGAAACGUGUGUUCCAGUACCCGAUUUUGAGUGGAAACAGAUUGCUGAGCCGGUUAUGCAAUUGUAUAUGGAAACAACUGAUGGUUCUAACAUAGAGGCUAAAGAAAGUGCUCUUGUUUGGAAUUACGAGUAUGCAGACAGAGACUUUGGUUCAUGUCAAGCUAAGGAGCUUCUUGAUCACCUGGAAAGUGUUCUUGCCAACGAGCCUGUCUCUGUUAAAAGUAGUCCAAACAUUGUGGAAGUAAAACCUCAGGGUGUGAGUAAGGGUAUUGUAGCAGAACGUCUUGUCUCAACAAUGAAACAAAAGGGAGUGAUUCCAGAUUUUGUUCUGUGCAUUGGCGAUGACAGAUCAGACGAGGACAUGUUUGGGGUGAUAAUGAAUGCAAGGGCGUUACUGUCACCAGUUGCUGAAGUGUUUCCUUGCACUGUGGGUCAGAAACCUAGCAAGGCCAAGUAUUACUUGGAAGACACAAGUGAGAUUUUGAGAAUGUUGCAAGGCCUUGCCAAUGCUUCUGAGCACUCUACUAGAACUUCUUCCCAACCUUCUCAUUAAAGUUAUUGUUUUUGUUUUUAACGUGUAUCACACAUAUACUAUUUUGUCCAUGCUGGGAUAUCUGUACUGUGAUAGAUUUGUCCAUCUAUUUUAUUUUCUGGCAGUGGUGCCUUCAUUUAUUGAUAUCCCAAUGUUGUUGUUGCAACUACCAAUAGGUUGUUUUGAAAGUAGAUGAAUUACAUGGUGUAUUUAUUGUUUCUUUUCUUCGCUAUUACUUCGGACCAUUUUGAUGUGUGAUGAGGGAUUCUUGAUUGGGAAUGAAUGAAUGAUAGGGUUGUGAA